AGCGGGCAGUGGAGAGCGGAGCAGCGCCAAGCACCAGCCCUGGCUUCACUCCGGGCAGCACAGCCGGGCCGGUCUGCUGGUUCCCGUCGCGGAGCCGCUGCCUGCCCUGCGGAGGGAGCAUUGCACCUCGGCUCCCUGCCCUCCGUGCCGGCCCCUCCUGUGAGAGCGAGCAGGUCUUGGCAGAGCUGCCGGUGCUGGUGUCUCGGGGAAAGCUCCCCUCAAGGGGAGGGCGAGGAACAGCAGCGGUAUUGUUGGGUUGGAGUGCUUAUCUGGGCUGGGGGAGCCUGGGUCAGGACUGGAUCAGGCAGUGAGGACUUGUUGGCCUGGCUCUCCCUCAACUCCAGCAAGUGCCUCACCCCCCUCAGGGCUGUUCUGGGCUGAUUGCCUUGCUCUUGCCAACAAAAGCACUUUGACCAAUUUCAGUUCCAUCCUGGCACAGAAUCAAAGCAGGAACGGGCACCACCUUUUUUUCCCAAACCAACCUCUGGUUUCUGCCAGCCCAUCCUGACGCUGCCUCCCCACCCUGCCUCAGUAAUUCCUGACUGCUGCCCAGGAAAACGCAGCCUCAAAGGGUGGUGGGCUGAAGUGUGCAGAGCAGCACCGAGCAGGGCUCUAUUUUAGAUGCAGCAGGCUAGAAGUGUGAGCCUUGGAGCUGCCUGGCUGCCAGCAGCUGUGCAGAGCAGCCCAGGAGACCUUCAGCUAAAGUCAGGAAUAACCAGAGAAAUGGCAGUCUAGUUACCCCCUGCUCUGAGCCAUGGAGUCCCAGGCUGCUUGGGGAAGGGACCAGCUCUCUGCUGUGCUGUACUGACACCCCUGCAGGCAGCCCAAUGCUGAUGAGUGAUGGGAUGUGUGGUUCUCUAGGCUCUUUUUGAAGGCACUGCUGCUGUUCCAGUAUCCAGCUGUCCAUGUAUCUGGCUUGCCCUGGGCUGACCACCCUGGGCCGUAUUGUGUUGCAUUGUUUGUGCGGCAGAGCGAUCACUCUAGCCAUGCACUACCUUAAUGAAGGCAGACUGCGAAUCCCCUGUGGACAGAACAGGGGACACCGUUGUAACCAAAUCUGGCUGCCUGUGGAUUUUGUUUUGUGCUCAGGAGCUGCAGGAGAGGGUAGAGGGACUGUGCUGGAGGAGAAUGCCCAUUCUCGCCUCGCCCGAGAUUGCCACCAGGUUCAAGGAGAAGUGGCUGCAACUACACCCUGAGGACCAGGACAAUGUCAGUGGGGCUGUGACACUAGAUGACAGCCUCACCAGCCUGCAGUGGCUCCAGAACUUCUCCAUCCUCAGCACCGGCCCUGAGACACUGCCAGCCCUGGGCCACCAUCUCCACCAGCCUUGUGGGAAGUCUUUCCAAAAUGCUGAAGCCCCUGCCAGCCCCCCAGCAGGAGACACUGCAGCCAAGGGGAUGCCCCCAAGCCUGGGCCAACCCACCUCUGCAGCCACCUCCCCUGGCACUGGCCAGCUGCUACCCCUCACCAGACUUCCCCUUGGUGCCCUAGAGAUCGAUUACAAGAACAACUCCACAGUGAAGCCUCCUUACUCCUAUGCCACCCUCAUCUGCAUGGCCAUGCAGGCCAGCAAGCAGGCCAAGAUCACCCUGUCUGCCAUCUACAAUUGGAUCAUGGAGAACUUCUGCUACUACAAACAUGCUGACCCCAGCUGGCAGAACUCCAUCCGGCACAACCUGUCCUUGAAUAAGUGCUUCAUGAAGGUGCCACGGCAGAAAGACGAACCAGGAAAGGGGGGCUUCUGGCAAAUCGACCCCCGCUAUGCAGAUAUGUUUGUCAACGGGGUUUUCAAGAGGAGGCGCACGCCAGCCCCCACCUACAACCCCCUACCGCAGCCUGAUGUGGUGCCCAGUCCAAACACUGCCUAUGGCCUCUCAUUUCCAACACUCCACCUGGGGAGUGAGCAGUUGCAACCAGGACAUGCUACAGCCCAUGCUCUGCGGCUGCAGGACCAGAGCCUCAGCCUUGCAGGUGCUCCCCAUGCUACCAGCAAACGCAAGCAGCCUGUGCCCACGUACAGCAGCAAGACACCCAGAACUUGCCCAUCCCCACUGUUACCUGCCCAUGGUGCUGGGGACAGCACCCUGAUAGGGGAUUGCAGCUGGGCCAGCAUCUUCGAUGAUGUCUUAGAUGGAAGCGCCAGCAACUUUGAGGAGUUGGAUAUAAAUGCAGCACUUGGCUCUCUGGGAGCAGACAUGGGCCAGACCCAAAGCAGGCACUCCAGCCCUGCCAGCCCUUGGGGAGUCCUGGACACCCACCAUCUCUGUCCAGAGCAUUCCCUCCUUGAAGACAUCAUCCCCUUCACAGACCCUCUGCAGCCCCCCUUGGAGGAAGCCAAGGAAGAGGAUCUGGCCCUCCCCUGGGGCUUUGAGCAAGGCUUCACCUUCUCUGAAGGCUUCCUAGGUGAGAUGCAGCUGUGGGACAAAGGAGACUCCUUGCUGUGACCUCUCCUGGGGCAAGGACAAGCUUGUGAUCUGUGGGAAGCAGAUCCCUGGCACUAAAGUCCGCUGGUCUCCCAGCCCUGCUAUCCCCCUGGUCCUGCUUGGAGGCACCUUGCCCUUGACUGGACUGGGCUGCUCAUGUGAAAGUUCCCCAGAGCCACUGCAUGCCCCCCUGCCCCACAGACUGAAGGAAGGGCAGGGCCCUGCACUCCACCCUGACAGCUGAGGUGUGUGGCUUUCUCUGCCCUCCCUGCCAACAAAGAGCAGGCUGUACCCCAGCAAUCAAGCUUUGCACCUGCCCAGUGCUUCUGCAACCAUGUGUAGGCCUGGUCUCCCUGGGGAACAUCUCCUUGGAUGAUCUUGCCCAGCUGUGAUAACGUGACCCCUCCUACUGGGCCUAGCCUUGUUCUACCAUGCUGUGGAGAUGAAGCUGUGCAGGGAGCCUUAGGUGAAAUGGCAAACAGAACCAGCCUUGGGGAGAAUAUUAGGGGUGGGAGGGUGGAAGGAGAGGCCAAGGCAAGGUGAGGAAGCUUGGAAAACCAUCGCUGCAAAUAGUGUCCUGCUACAUAGCCAGACCCAGGCCUGGGUCUAAGGAAAUGGCACUGCUCUUGACAGCCCCUGCUCUCCAGCUGGCAGGAGCCUGCCCUGAGUUUGCCUCCCAGUAGGGCAGAGGGAGGAGUAGGAGGCUGACAGCACCAGACUUGCUGAGUGAAGUGAAUCCCCUCCUGGCACUGCAGUAGCCAAGGCUUGGGCUGUCAGACAGUGCCAAAGGGAGCUUUCUCCUGCCUAAGCAGCUGUAAGCCCAGCCUGGCUAACGUCAUGCCUGUCCCCUGUCUGCCAGACUGCUCAUGGCUACACACACUGCUGUUCUUUCUGUUCCUGGUUGAGGACCAACUGGAUUUGCCCCAAAGUCCCCUUCACCAUGGAGACACCAUUCACCCUGUCUUCCCCACACAGCAGGAGUGCUUCCAUAUGCCCCAUCGAGCUGUCAUGACUAGAGUCAGCAACACUGUCUAGGAACCAGGGCAUCAAUGGGAGGCAGGGCACAGCAGCAGGACACCUGGCAUCUGAUCUUGACUCUGCCUGUAUCACACACUUUGACCUCACAAGUGACUUAUCUGUUCAGUGCCUCAGCUUCCCCAUCUGUAAAGUAGGAAUGUCCCCAGUCAAGCAUUCCAUGGGAGCUCUAAGCACCACUGGAUCCUAUUCUCCCGCUGCCCCAGAGGGCAGCUGCUGCUCAUGGGAGUUUCUCACUGAUCUUUUGGUUCCCUGUGGUCAGCGGUGAGCAUAUGAACUGAGCUGUCUCCCAGACACAGGAGUCCAUGACCAAGCACUGGCUCUUGGGGUGCCAGAGUGUUGUCUAGAAGUCCCAAGGGCAGCAUGUGGUGCUCCCAAGGGCUUACAGCACUACAGGACUUGGCACUGGCUGGGCCCACUGUAGAUACUGUGCCUCAUCAGGCACACCCUUCCCACAAGGUGCCAUGGAGAGUGCCCCAGUUUCCCAGAACACACAGGUGCACCCCCACAGCUCUGCUGUUUGGGGGCUAAGUAGUGAGGGCUCAGCAUGUAAAAAGCUGUAGCAGAGACACAACUGAGCGUGUCAGUGAUGCGUCUGUGAGCCAGUUCCCAUGGCCACAGACUGUGCUGUGCUCCCACUGCAACUGACAGCGAGCUGUGUCAACUCUGCCACUACCCUGUCAAGUUGGGUGCAUAUUGGUAUAUUCUGGGUAAUGCGGGCAGCCGUACCAUAGUGUGUCUAGUAGGCUAGUGUGCUCAAGAGCUUGGAUGCAGAGGGAUACUAGGGAAAUGUACUCUGAGACAAGCUGACCUGGCUGAAAUGGCAGUACAGGCAGGGCUGGGGAUACUGUAAAACCAAUGCAGUGCAAUGAUUGCAGGGUAAGCCAUGCUAGCAGCCAGCAGGGGAAGAGCACUGGACCAUUAGUUGCUGUAGGGUUGACAGGGCCUUUGAGACAUGAGCCAUCAGUGGUGAGACCACAGCUGGAGUACUGCAUCCAGAUCUGGGCACCGCACUUCAACAAGGACGUGCUUGAGAGAGUCCAGAGAAGAGCCACCCAUAUGAUCAGAGACUUGCAAGACAAGCCAUACGAGGAUAGGCUGAGGGACCUGGGCCUCUAGCCUAAAAAAAGAGAAUUCUAAGAGGAAAAUUGGUAGCAGCUUACUGCUAUAUCAAGGGACUACAUCAAGGGCUUGGCAAACAACUGUUCACCAGGACACCCUUGGGGAAACCCAGGAGUAAUGGCUAAAAACUUCUGGAAGACCGAU